CACAUUAAUAUAUAUAUAUCCAAAUGCUCUCGCUCCCAACAUAUUUUAUUCAUUACAAUACACCAGAAUACACAUGUGGAGCUAUUUAUACGCGAAACCCGCCCAUCUACUCACCAGGACCAACUUCUCGAACCGGAUACUAUUUUACUUAACUAAACAACCACUUCUCCCGCCGACAUGGACCCCCUCACCUUCAGCGUCGAACUAGAAGCUGUAUACUUCUUCACCCUUGGCCCUGUCGACAUCUACAAUGAUCCACACCUGGCCCCCGUGGUUGACAUGUCGCCCCAGGGGAACCCAGAUUUUACAAUGCACGAUUACGGCCGCUGGGAUGAUACAAAAGCCGAGAUGAUACGCCGCGUGUCGUGUGCGAUUGAAAACUGUCUUUGCGGACUCCCCCAAUCUUGCCGCGGCGAGGUUGCCUCCCUAGAAGGCGAUCCCGUAUUAAGUCGGUACCAAGAUUGGAAGGUCGAAACCAACAAGGCCACCGUGAUACGAGACCCCGAACCCCGGCCAGAGUAUGAGGGUCUUUGGAAGCUCGACCUAGAGGUCCAGUCACCGAUGAUGUACGCCACCGAAGGCAGCUUCAAAGAAGUCGAGGCUGUCGCCAACAUGCUACGUGCGAGUUUUCGGGCUGCAGUCCCGCCAUGUUGUGAAAUGCGCGUCCUCGUCGGCGCAGGAUCUAACUUGGUCCCCUUCCCAAUUUUUAUAAGAAUAGCUGCCAUUUGCUGGGCCGUCGACCGGUUCCUACAGCAAAUGCAUCCUAUUUCGCGCCAUUACAACAGGUGGCACGGGGCUCGGCGCCAAACGGCUAGACUCGAUCAAGCGGAAGCGGUAGAAGAGGCGGAACAGGUAAAAGCUAUACCCGUUGAAAAGCAAGACAUCCCCAUAUUAGAGUAUGUCAAUAGAGCGCGGCCGAAGCGACUCUCGACCGAGUUCAAGCGUACGUUGUCGCGUAACGAUUUUAACCUUAUCCUCUUCCAAGAACGAAAUAUAUGCCUUGGCCCAUAUAGACCUUACCUCCCUGGUCGACCCUUGACACGUAUUGACCGUCCUAAUAUCCUACAAGGGGCCAUACAACUCUUCGGCUGUCGCAGUUACGGCGCAGUCGCGUACCUAAUCAACCACAACUCUCUUGGCGUAUACAACUUCAACUACUAUAGCGACGAAAAUACGGAAUAUAAAGAUCCCAAGGCAACAGUUGAAUUCUGCACAGCAGCCGGCUCGCUAGACGGCCACUGGGUAUCAACGCAUGCCCGAAUAUGUACUGGCAUCGCACAAUUCGCUGCCAGCGCUGCAGAGGAGAAUGUGUGGCGGAUGAUUUACGAGUGCCACGACGCGGACAUGGAGGGGACCGAGUACGACCUUAUUGAUCUCCUGUUGGAUCUCGGCCUGGCGAAGGAGGCCGAAACCGUGCAGUACAGGUUCAAGAUGAACAGAAAUACCGGAGAACCGUUCCGAACAUUCUUGUCAAGUGACGCUAUAACUUACGAAGACGGUGUCGCGGACGGAAAUCAUGAAACAGACCGCGCCACGCAUUCGGGGCGGGCGCGUUGAACGUAUAUGUUCAGUUUCGACUUUUUUAAAUAUAUAUAUAUAUAUAUAUAUAUCUCGGGAGACUAUGGUGUCGAACACUAAUUAUUUGGCUAAAUAUGGAUCAAUCGGUUCGUACCAUGAUAGUCAAAGGAGAACAAAUACCUCCAACACUCACAUUCGUGCCUAGGAAAGGGAUAAUAAAAGAAUCUCCUUCCCACGAAGAUCUUUCUCUUUUAACGUUAGCAGCAGUAAGAACGGAGUCGCACAAGAGAUUUACGCCUCGUAUGUCUCCGCGAAUUACGAAGUAAUAUAACCCGUGCUGGGCAACUAAGCCACGGAGAGAAAAGGAGAUAUUUUACGACGUCGUUCGUUAAUACCAGCAUUGUAGGAUUUAGGGCUAGGGUCGCAUCCCGCACGUGCAGGCCACGUAUAGCA